CCUCCAUCCCCAUCGGCAUCAGCCUCGAGCUUAGGGGAGCUUUAACCCUCAUCAUCCCAAGCCCGAGUUCGACCACCUGCGUGCCCGCCUCUCUUCUUUUAUCUUCCUCUUCCUCGUCUAUUUGCUCGUAAUAUUCAGUCUGUCCCUGAUCCGCCAACAUGUCCGGAGCUGCAGACCGCGAAGCGGUGUUCCCCACACGGCAGUCUUUGGGCCUCAUGAAGGCGAAGCUCAAGGGCGCAGAGACUGGACACAGCUUGCUGAAGAGGAAGAGUGAAGCCUUGACUAAGCGUUUCCGAGAGAUUACUCGACGAAUUGACGAGGCCAAGCGUAAGAUGGGCCGGGUCAUGUCGAUCGCCGCAUUCUCCCUCGCCGAAGUCACAUACGCCGUCGGCGGCGAUAUCGGCUAUCAGGUCCAGGAAUCCGCCAGGUCUGCGCGAUUCCGGAUCCGUGCGAAACAGGAUAACGUGUCUGGAGUGCUGCUGCCUGCCUUCGAGAGCUACCUGACAGAAGGACACAAUGACUUUGCCAUGACUGGUCUUGGGAAGGGAGGUCAGCAGGUACAACGUUGCAGAGAAACCUACGCGAGAGCUGUGGAGGCACUCGUCGAGCUUGCAAGCCUUCAGACUGCGUUCGUAAUCCUGGAUGAAGUGAUCAAAGUCGUCAACCGGAGAGUCAAUGCCAUCGAACACGUCAUUAUUCCUCGAACAGAAAACACCAUCAAGUACAUCAAUUCGGAACUAGAUGAACUUGACCGAGAAGAGUUCUACCGACUGAAGAAGGUUGCAAACAAGAAACAACGAGAUAACGCUGCCCAAGAUGCCGAGAUGAAGAAGCGGAAGGAGGAGUCGGAAGCCAAGAACGAGGAGGAUGAAACUGCUGAAGACUCAUCUGCACCAGCGGAUCUCUUGGCUGCGGAAGGGGAGGAGGAUGUCAUCUUCUAGGGGCCCAGGGGGUGCUUAUGAUCGUUAAGGAUGCGGAAGAAAGCAUAAGCCCAUAUUUGGCUUUGGACGCCGAGAUUGACUGCAUUGACGAGGAUAAUGACUGGGUAUCUAAGAUGUCCUCUCCUUGGACCUUGGACCCUAUUUUGAUGGAUAGUGAUACCUCCCUCCUGUAUUAUAACACCACACGCCGUACCUACUUCAGCUUGGAAGCAGCUGGCCAAUUUGCCGAACCCACCAAUUUGUACCUAACCUUUUUGAAAGCUCUGGAUCUCACCGGA